GGUUUGAAUGUCUAAUUUUAAAAACUCGAAAGUGGUCCAUGGAUUUUUGUAUUUAUUUUACAGAUUGCAACUUGCAAUUGAAGUGAUUGAACGAGUUUAAAAAAAAAAAAACAUAAUUAUUUCAACUAUAUAAUUUUUAAUCUCUACAGCAGCUAUUAUUUAGCUGAUCAUCCAUCGUAAGUAUUAAAAACCGCAUGACAAAAUGGGCGGAUCAUCUAGCACUACUCGAACACUAGAAAUUGAGAAUCCAAAUGUGAUCACUUUGUCAGACAAAGUUGUUGAGAGACUCCGAGGUCAAGAGCAAAUAGCACCAGUUGACCAGGGUUCACAGAUUUUACAGACGUAUGUACAACCUUCGUCUCUGCAAAUACAGAAGGUUGUUCAGCAAGAGCUAGAAGCCAAUGACAAGAGGUGGGAGCAGCGUUUUCACCAUGUCAACAACAGUCAAAAAGCUCUGAACCGCAAUGUCGAAAUAGAAUACAAAAACACGUAUGAAAACGUCAAGAAAUUGUUACCUAUAAUUAAAGACGGAGUACUGAGUGAAACUACAAUAGAAAAAGAAAACGUUCUAUUGGAUUGUCUAGCCAUUAACAAGGGAACCCCGUUGAAUUGCACUGAUGCUGUCAAAGAUUAUCAAAAGGUGUUAUUUCAAUCUACAAAUCAAAAGGUUUGAACAUCAGUAAUUCAAUAGAAACUUAUACAUAGGAGUUCAAAUGUUUCAAUGAUAAUAUGAAAGAUUAUGCUUAAAUGUAUGAUAUUUUAAUUAUAAACUUAAAAUCAUGGUAAGUAGUUCUGUUUAAAUGAAUAAAAGGCUACUUUGUUAUGUUGUUGAAUUUUUGUUUAUUGAUAUGAUGAAUUUACUUUAAUCAACUUGACAGUUAAGAACAAAACACAAUACUGUAGUUUUCUUCUAAAUUAGGAGGUACAUUCAAAUGUUUUCAAUAAAAAAAUAAAAUAUUUUAUUUUACUUCUUGC